ACGAAACGACGCACGAGAACACGGGUAACACUGAGCAACAAAAGUGGUAAAUUUUGUGAAACCAAAGUUUGCGAACGGGAGUCCGUUUACCUCAUCAGUUACCUGGACUGGAGUGUCAAGCCCUGUACUAAUUUUUAUGAUUUUGUCUGUGGGCACUGGAAGAAUUUACAUCCCGAAAUUGGUUCUUCAAUAGACACAUUAUUAGUUCGAAGAGUUGAAGAAGAUAUCUACCAGGCUUUUACAAAUGAAGAGAAGCCCAAGAGCCAGAUGCUCAAGACCGAGGCACUCAUUAACACCUGUGUUAACAAACCUUUCUCGGAAGACCACACGUCGACACUCCUUGACUUCAUGGGUGACCUGGGGCUCCGAGGAUGGCCCUUUCAGAAGGACACAAAGACAUUGGCAGACGUCUGGAGAGCGGCAAGUUCACUUCUUCGACAACUGGGACUCGCCACGCUUGUCUCUGUGAGUGUUGACGCCGACCCUGACUCAGACGAUAAGUACAUCAUAUCGCUGGGCGAACCAAGCCUCCUGAUUGGUCAAUACGGCACUAAAAACAGUCAGCUGCCAGAGUGGUACAGCAUGGCCAUUUCGACGUGUUUUAAAAUUUUCACAAGUGGAAAAUACGUUGAGAUUGCCAAGAAGGUUCGAGAUUUUGCCUCUAGACUUGCCGAGAUAUCGGUGAACCGAGGAAACGAGAUCUUCAGUGCUAACAAGUUCACAGUGGUGCAGCUAAAACAUCACAGCAACAUGAUUCAGUUACUUACUCUUCUGUUCAACAAUAUUACGGUUGUGCACAGUAAACUGAAUGUCCUCGUCAAAUCGGAGGUUUACCUGAAGGAGCUCAGGAGUGUGUUGCACGUCAGUAAGGGCGCCGAUAUGCUAAAUUACUUGGGUUUCCGAGCACUGCUUCACAUCUCGCCACUGCUUCCAGAUCAAGCCGUCCAACUUGCAGCUAUUCAAAUGAAGGAAAUCACUGGAAUCCACCGUUCCCAAUGGCCGCGAUGGCGCCGUUGCCUACGAAUGUUUGAACGGGUGGCUCCGACAGUGUUCCUGAUGACUUAUGCCCAAACACACCGGAGACUCGCUAACAAGGACAAGGUAUGGUUAUUACUGAACGAGAUUCAAGCCAGCUUCGUUUUAAACAUUAACACCGCUCCAUGGAUGAGCAUUGAGGAUAAGGUAAUGCUGAAAGACAAACUGUCCAGGUUAAAGCUUGAGGUUUUCCAUAAGUUUUGGGCGAGGUCUAAUCGCAAGCGUUCCGCGGUUGAAUUCAUACCCGACUUCGAAUCAGGGAGCAUCAUCAACAUGUACAAGUCAUUAGCGAAGCAGCUGAUGACGAGAAAGCUUUCCAAAAUAAAAUUGCGCAGGUCUUACGAAGAAACGGAAUGGAAAGGGUCUGUCUUCGAUACCGAUCCGGUGUUCGAUCAGGAGUCUGACAGCAUCUUCAUUCCGAUGGCCAUGUUUGACCCGUCAUACAUGAUUGACAGCGAGUCUAUGCUGCUUCAAGUGCCGCGCGUUGCGACAAAGAUAAUCGGAGUUCUCUUCAAGGGAAUUCAUCAUCACAACAUCCCGUCUGACAAAGUCAAGUGGUCGCUCGACACUGAACUGGGCUACCACGACGUACUGAAGUGCCUCCAGAAGCACUACGGAAACACUAAAAAUAACGAGAAACUUAGAACGCAGAUCACUGCUGAGCUCAGCAUACUGGACAGCAUGGCCAUUCUGCCUGCUUUUAAGCUAUUCCUGAAAAAGGUGAACAAGGUGAACAUUGAAGACUACGGACUGCUCACGGGUCUAAACAUCACGGUCAAGCAGCUCUUUUUUAUUCUGUAUGCAAAAGGCCUUUGCGAGACGAUGGACUCGAAAAGAGAAAAAGAGGUAAUGGAUGAAUCUGCUUUCAAUAUCGGCAGCUUGCGCGUCAACGUACCGCUUCAAAAUUCGUUCAGGUUCCCGACUUUCUGGGAUUGCUCGAGUGAUUCGCUAAUGAAUCCGCACCAAAAGUGCACGAUAUGGACGUCGUGA